AUGGCAAAGACAAACGCUCAAGAAUCUUUCCAGAGAGUCCAGGAGGCCAAAGCCAAGUCUCGCGCUCGGACUGGUGGUGCCAGGGUUAUCUCUCCUCCUCCUCCUCCUCCUCGGAACAUUGGUACUCUUUCCAAGCCCAUGGUGAUUUCUUCUUCAGCUCCCUCUCAGCCGCCCCUUGUCGUUCGACCUUCCCCCGAUCCAAAGAAGCGCAAGACCUUACAGUCUGGCUCUUCUGGUGAGGUUAAGGCGGAUGCUAUUGUGUUCGUCCGAAAGAAUAUCUAUCCUCAUGCUCGUAUAAGCAUGGAUGAUAUGUCCGUUCGGAGCCACCUUACCACUAUGAUCGAGGAGAGUCUCAAAGCGGCGGGGGUUUGUGGCAAACUCUUGGAUAUUUUCGAGAAGGCUCCUCUUAGCUCUUUAGGGAUGACCUCGAGGGUCGAGGAGCUGGAAGGAAGGCUUCGUUCAUACCAAGAGCAUGAGGGAGAGUUGAAGAAGGAAAUCGCCAAGCUGAGGAAGGAGAGAGAUACCCUCCGGGAGAAAGGGACGGUUUUGCAGGCCCAAUGCAACAUGGAGAUGGAGUUGAGGAAAACAGCGCAGUCAGAAAUUGAGGCAUUGACAACACUCAUACAACCCAUGAAUUAUUCCUCCAAGAAUUUAGCAAGAUUUAUAAAUUCAUCUCUCAAUGCUACCAACAUCUCAUUCUCUGACAUUAAAACCAAGGUUGCUCCAUUAUUAUUUGAAUCAUUUGAGACGGUUCCUCAAUUAGCCCAAAUCUCAUACAUAGGAAUGGAAGGUUACUUUUUUUCAUUCUACAAUGGUGAUCAUGGUCAACCUCUCGCAAUAUACUCAAAUCGUUCAACAUCUUCUUCCAUUAUUUCUAAGCAUUAUUAUGUUCAGCCGGUGAAUCCUGAAAAUGGAAAAUUAUAUGGGAAUGCAACAAUAUUUGAUUCCUAUGUUAAUACAACUUGGGUUGGGGAAGCACUACAUGGUUCAAAUGAUGGAUUUGUCACAUUGGGAAAAAAGCUUAGCAAUGAUCAAGAAUUCUUGUUCAUUAGUUCAUCAAGAAUCACAAAAACAGGUUCAGUGAUCUCCCUUGGAGUUCAAGCAACAAAAAUAACUGGUUUUUUCUUUAGUGUUAUUAGUCAUCACCAAGGUGCCAUGUUGUAUCUAGCUACAAAAGAUGGACAAGUGCUUCAAGAAGGGAUCAAGAAUACUCAUAUGAUUGUUUCUAAGAACGACACAGUUUCGGUUCAAUAUGUGAAUAAUCACACUAGUUAUUAUCAGGGUUCAGUUACAUGCAAAAAUGAUGAAGUUGUUGCUUCUACUUUGAAGAUUCAGGGUGUUGAGUAUUUAACGCACUGCUCCUCAAUUCAGAUAAUGGGAAUCAAAUUGGUGUAUGUUGUGGGAGUGCCGAAAAAUGGAGCAAUGAUCAGUUUCAUAAAGGAAUUUAAGAGAUAUGAGUUGAUGGUACUGAGUGCCAUGGUGAUUAUGUCCUUAAUUGGCACAAUUAGCAUUGUAAUUAUGAAAAAGGCACUAAAGAAGCAAAAAGAAGCAACGGAGGAAGCUGAGAGAAAGAGUAAGAAUAAGAGCAUUGCUUUUGCGACAGCAUGCCAUGAUGUUCGUGCUUCCCUCGCAGCCCUGACUGGUUUGAUAGAGUUGUCAUCUUCGCAACUUGUCCCUUCUUCAUCAGAAUUAAACUCCAAUCUCAAACAAAUGGACUCUUAUACCAAAGAUUUACUAGGAAUGCUGAAUUCCAUAUUGGAUGCAAGCAAGAUUGAAGCAGGGGAAAUGCAACUUGAAGAAGAAGAAUUUGAUGUGUUCCAAUUCCUAGAGGAGGUAGUUGAUUCUUACCAUAAUGUGGCUAUGAAGAAAGGAGUAGAUAUUGUAUUGGAACCUUUCAAUGACUCAGUUCACAGAUAUUCACACACAAAAGGUGACAGAGUUAAACUCAAGAGAGUCUUAUGCAACUUAUUAGACAAUGCUGUUAAAUUCACUGAUGAAGGACACAUAGCAGUUAGGGUAAGGGCACAGAAACCUGCAUUGCAAAACUCAAUGUCCAUGAUGAGGGUUACUAACCAAAAUAGACCUUGGUCAUGCUUAUUCAUCAAAAGAAAAAAUAAUGAACGACGGAAUGAUGAUGACAUAGAAGCUGCUAAUUCAACCCAACCAGAUCCUAGUAAUACCAUGGAUUUCAUAUUUGAAGUUGAAGAUACUGGCAAAGGAAUUCCCAAAGACAAGCAUGAGUCUGUGUUUGAGAAUUAUGUCCAAGUCAAAGAAACUGCUAUUGACCAUGGUGGAACUGGCUUGGGACUUGGCAGUGUGAGAUCUUUGGUUCGAUUGAUGCAUGGAGAUAUUAGAAUUGUGGAGAAGGAUAAUGGUGGAAAAGGAACAUGUUUCAGGUUCAAUGUGCACCUCACUGUAUGUGAGAAAAGAACAGAUGAUAUCACAAGAGAAAGUGAAUCUAAACCAGUUGACAGAACUCAAUCACACAGGUCAACCAUUCAUGCUACUAGUUCUGGUUCAAGCAUGUGUUCCUUGAGUCCCAAGUUACCUAUUUUCGGCCCUAGCACUUUUCGGCAUGAGGGAUCUCGAGUUGUUCUCUUGAUUCAAGGAGAAGAGCGCCGAAGAGCAACACAAAGGUUCAUAGAGAGAAAAGGGAUCAAAGUUAAGGUUGUUAAGCAGUGGACUAAUCUGUCUCAUACCCUCAAUAAGAUAAAAAAGAAGGGUCUGAAUAGCUUAAGUUCAGGUUCUAGUUCUAGUUCUGCAACACAUGGUUCUACUAAUGCCCCUUUGAGUGCUUCCAUGGAUGAAAUUGAAUCUACCCAAGGAUUCGUCCUGAUUGUGAUUGAUGCAAAAGCAGGACCAUUUCAAGAACUAUGCAGGGUGGUCUCUGAAUUCAAGAGAGGCAUUUGUAUUUCUUGUAGAGUUGUUUGGUUAGAGAAUCCAAUUUCUCCUAAUCUUGAUUUCAAUAGCCUAAAUGAGGAUGAUUAUGAUCCCAAUGACAUUGUUCUUCAUAAACCAUUACAUGGUACCUCUUUGUUCCAAGUUUUAAGUCUUCUUCCAGAGUAUGGUGAUGGAUCAAUUCAAAGAGCUGAACUAGAAAAGUGCGGCACUUCAAGGUCAAGGAGUGGGAAGGAACCACAACAAUCCAUUGGAGAUCAAUCUCAUGAUCAAGGAGGAACAAAAGAGUGUGAAGUUCCAAGAAGCAGUGACAAGCCCUUGAGUGGUAAGAGAAUCAUGGUGGUUGAAGACAAUAACACGAUCCGCAAGAUAGCUUCUGCUUCUUUGGAACAGCUUGGUGCUUCUGUUGAGAAAUGUGAGAAUGGUGAACAAGCUGUGGAGCUAGUUAAAGAGGGUCUAACUAGAGAUUUUCCAAAUCUUCCAUAUGAUUACAUUUUUAUGGACUGCCAGAUGCCAGUGAUGAAUGGAUAUGAAGCAACAAGGCUAAUAAGAGAGAUAGAGAAGGAGUAUAAUAUUCACAUUCCUAUAUUUGCAUUAACUGCUAAUACUCAGGAAGAGGCAAACCCAUUAGAAGCUGGAAUGGACCAUCACUUAGUCAAACCCAUUGACAAAAAGGGUUUGCUUGAAGCCAUCACAAAAGUACACGAUAGAGUUGCCAUUAGAGAGUGA